AUGGUGCUGGUGGGAGCCCUGUGCAGCCUCCUGCUCCUCUGCCUGGUUGAGGAGGGCAUCAGCAAAGUGAGAAGAUACUACAUAGCUGCAGUGGAAACCAGCUGGGACUACACACACAGCGACCUGCUGUCCGUGCUGCAAGCGCCUGCAGGCAUUUUGGGGCAUGCAGGCCCACGUGCCCCCCCAGCUGGUGUCCCUCCCCAGUACAGGAAAGCUGUUUUUGUGGAGUACCCUGAUGGCUCCUUCACACAGCCCAAGCUGAAGCCAGCAUGGAUGGGCCUCCUGGGCCCCACCAUCCGAGCAGAAGUCCAUGACACAGUGGUCAUCACCUUUAAGAACCUGGCCUCCCGGCCCUACAGCCUCCAUGCUGUUGGGGUGUCCUACUGGAAGGCAUCAGAAGGAGCAGGGUAUGAGGAUGAGACCAGCCAGCCAGAGAAGGAGGGGGACAGGGUGGAUCCUGGGAGGACACACACCUAUGUCUGGGAAAUCCAGGAAAACCAGGGCCCGACAGACGACGACUCAGCGUGCCUGACCCACUCCUACUCCUCCAACACCAACAGCGUGAAGGACAUCAACUCUGGCUUGAUUGGAGCCCUGCUCGUGUGCCGACCUGGGACCCUGGCCAGUGAUGGGAAUGAGGGCCUGCAGAAAGAGUUUGUGUUGCUCUUCGCAGUGUUUGAUGAAGGGAAAAGCUGGUACUCUGAGCAGGGCUCUGUCCCAGCAGCUGCUCAGCCCCAGGCUCACAACAGGACAGAGCUGCACACCAUCAAUGGCUACAUCAAUGGCUCACUGCCUGGUCUCACACUGUGCCUCAAGAAGCAGGUCCACUGGCAUGUGAUCGGGCUGGGCUCUGGGCCAGAAGUCCACUCCAUCUUCUUUGAAGGCCACACAUUUCUGGUGAGAAGCCACCGCCUCAGCAGCCUAGAAAUCUCCCCUGCCACCUAUCUCACAGCCCAGACCAUGCCAGGAACAGCUGGCUGGUUUCGGAUGUUCUGCCAGAUACUGUCCCAUCAGCAAGUUGGCAUGGAGGCCUUUGUGAAGGUGGAGGAGUGUCCUGAGGAACGCCUGCUGAAAACAGGGAAGCAGUUAAAUGAGCCAGAGGACCUGGAUUACCCUGAGGAAGAUGAGCAAACUUUUCACGUGAUCCAAGCACGCUCCUUUGCCAAAGACAGGCCCAUGACCUGGACUUACUACAUUGCAGCUGAGGAGAUGGACUGGGACUAUGCCCCUGUGAAGCCAGCGUCUCUGGACAGAAACAUGUCGAGCCUGUACCUGGAGCCUGGCCCACAGAGGGUGGGCUCAAAGUACAAGAAGGUGGUGUUUGUGGAGUAUGAGGAUGCUGCCUUCAGGAAGCGCAAGGUGUCCAACCAGCAGGACAAGGGAAUUCUGGGGCCUGUCAUCAAGGGGGAGGUGGGAGAUCAGUUUAAGAUCGUGUUCAGGAAUCUAGCCAGCCGACCCUACAACAUCUACCCUCAUGGCCUCACCAGUGUCAGGCCCUACUAUGCCAUGAGACGCUCACAAGAGAAAGAUGUGAAGGAUAUUGCCAUUGCCCCUGGGAAGUCAUUCACCUACAGCUGGAGUCUCACCACUGAGGAUGGCCCAACGGAGGCAGAUCCUCGCUGCCUCACCCGUUUCUACUACAGCUCCAUCAACCCCAUCAGAGACACUGCCUCAGGCCUGAUUGGGCCCCUCCUCAUCUGCUCCAAGAAGUCCAUGGAUCAGAGGGGAAAUCAGAUAAUGUCAGACAACAUGAAGUUGGUGCUGUUUUCAGUCUUUGAUGAGAACCACAGCUGGUACCUGGAGGAGAACAUCAAGAGGUUCUGCUCUGAUGCAGCCCAUGUGGAUACCCAGGACCCUCAGUUUUAUGCCUCCAAUGUGAUGCACACUAUUAAUGGCUUUGUAUUUGACAACCUGCAAACAAAACUCUGCCUGAACGACGUUGUGUACUGGUAUGUCCUGAGUGUUGGGGCCCAAACAGAUUUCCUCUCCAUCUUCUUCUCUGGAAACACCUUCAAGCGCAACAUGGUCUUUGAGGACGUGCUCACUCUGUUCCCGUUUUCUGGAGAAACAGUUGUCAUGAGCUUGGAAAAGCCAGGUGUGUGGACGCUGGGGUGCCUAAAUCCUGAUUUCAGGGACCGAGGGAUGCAUGCCAAGUUCACGGUGUCACAGUGCCAGUAUGAGCAAUACACUGAUGAGGAAGAUUAUGUGUAUUCUGAUGGGGAGGAGGUGGCCUUUGAACUCCAGCCCAGGGGCUUCUCUAAAAGAAAGAAGUCAUGUGUGAAUGAGCAACUGAACAACAUCACCUCUUCCAGAAAUGAGAUAGAGAAGACAAGAUUGUGCCUGACAGAACAUGGGGCCCUCCAGAGCAAUGGCAAGAUUUCUGAUGCCUCUUCCAAUGGCACAUCAACAUUUUUAGGAACAAUGUCAAAUCCACAUGAUAUUUCCAUGGCUCCUCUGCCAGAGACGAGCUAUGACCCAGUGUCCUAUGAGUCCUUCUUGGAAGAUGAAGAAUUGUCAAAAAUCACCAGCCAGGAGGAAGGGUUUGGAGCAGUCCCACCUGGAGAACACUUGGCGAGCGUCAGUGGAAGGGUCCAUGGUACUGUGAGCUCAGAAGAAGAUCAGCAAUGGCUGCACCAAGCCACAGCAGCUCCAGGAGAUGCUCCAGAGCUGCAGGAGCCAGUAAAAGGAAUGACAGUCCAGUCUGGUGGUAGAAUAGAGAACCUGGAAGCAGAGCCUCAAAAGACAGCUACUCAUGCAACAAGCUUGUGGGACUCCAUUGCUUAUGCUGCUAGCAAAGGCCCUCUUCAGGAGAAUGGGAGCUCAAUUCACCAGAAUGAUCUGGAGCACAACCUGGCACUUCAAGAUGUGUCUUCAAAGGGAAAAGAGGACAAGUUGCUAAAAAGGGCUGAUAAAAUAUCCUUUAACCUGUAUGAUUCAGAGGAGACAAUCAGUACAGGCCUGUCUCUAAGUAUUGAUCACAACUCUUCCUCCACAUUGAACAAUCCUUCUGCACCUCCAGAUGAGACAGAAGAUAGUAGGACUUCUCAUGCUGUGGUUCACAGUCACACCAUAGAAAGCAAUUAUUCAUCAAAUGACCUAGAUGCUAGGCUGGACAAAAGGCCUCACAAAGUGGUUUCACAAGGCUUUUACGAAACUUUUGAAGAGCAAAAUAUUUCUUUGUCAGACAAACCUGUACCAGGAGAAACCUUCACAGAUGAGAGCAACCCCUUGCCUGCAAAAAGUGGCACAGAAAAAGCCAGUGGACUUGCCAAAGGCCUUCCAGACACCACCUUUGCAAACAGCAAUGACCUUGAGCCACCCAGAUAUGUAAUGACAGAAGAGAGGGAUGAAGUAGUUUUGAAAGAAGUGUUUCAGGACGCUAAGGAAUUAGCAGAGCUGGACAGUAUUGCCCUUUCUGAAUCAAAUGUUGUGACCAAUGACACCAGGCCAUUCCCAAAUGGCUUCUUAAAGAGCUCUGAGCAGUUUCUGAGACACAGAGUUACAGCCAGAAGCCCUGACUGGAGACCAGCUAAACAAGCCAGGUCACUGGAGAGCAGAGGUUUGGGUCUUCCCAACACCAGCAGCAGAAAGCCUGUCUCUGAUGGGGCAGAGCAGGGGAACAGCCAGCCCCCUGAGACAGCAGUGAAUAAGGAAGCUCCAAAGGCGUGUGGACCUCAUUCUCCAUUUUGCAUCACUCGAUUCAAGAAGAGGUCCUUGGUAUCAAGUGACACCUUGCCCGAGGUGAUGGCAGCCCCACAAAGAUCCCUGCCCUCAUGGGGAGCACUGGGCACAGGACUAGCAGGGGCAGAGAGCAGCUCAGAAAGGCAGGGCACUGCUGAGGCUGCAGACCUGGCCUCAAACUGGGACCCAGACUCCCCAGGGGCUGUGGUGAACAUGGGGGACUUGCACAGCCCAGCUGUGCCCGAGCUGCAACCAGGCAGAGCUGUGGUGUGGGGGGCUCCUGGGAGAGAGCAAGCUCAGGGGAGAAGCCACAUGGAGGAGGAGACAAACUCUGUGGAGCAGCUGGGUCAGUCCAGUCCUGAGCCUCAGCAGCUCAAGGCCAAUGCCACGGAGGACCAUGUGCCUGGGAGAAGGUCUGGGCAAAGCCCAGAAGGAAUGUCUCUGAAAUCAGCCACCAGAGAGAACUGUUCACUGUCUCCAAGUAGUCCCCCUCUCAACAACAGCACCAGAAAGCCAGCAGAGCAUGUGCAAGACACUCCUCAUGGAUGUCAGGUGCUCGGCAGAGAAGAUGUCCUCAGAGAAAUAGGGAACAGAGAGGUGCUGGGCCUAGGAGAGCCUAAGGAGGAUGAGGAAAGCAACAGCACAGCUGGAGAGAGGAGCCACAUCCCAGGGCACAGAGAGGAACCAGCCCUGAACAAUGGGACACAUUCCAGCCCCUCAAGGACUGCCAAGACAGACUAUGAUGAGUACAGUGACACAGAGCAGACCAUGGAGGACUUUGACAUGUAUGGGGAAGAGGAGCAUGACCCACGCUCCUUCCAGGGGGAGAUGCGGCAGUACUUCAUUGCAGCAGUGGAGGUGAUGUGGGAGUACGGGGACCAGAGACCCCAGCACUUCCUAAAAGCAACGGACCCCCGGAGGAGCAGGGGGAAGCACUCCUGGCAGUACCGCAAGGUGGUUUUCCGAGAGUACCUGGACGAUUCCUUCACGCAGCCGGUGCAGCGGAGAGAGCUGGAUGAGCACCUGGGCAUCCUCGGGCCCUACAUCAGGGCAGAAGUUCAGGAUGUCAUCAUGGUGACAUUCAAGAACCUGGCCUCACGGCCCUUCUCCUUCCACUCCACACUGACAGCCUAUGAGGGCACAGCACAGCAGGGUGGGGUGGUGCAGCCUGGUGGCCACCAGAAAUACACCUGGAAAGUCCUGCCCCAGAUGGCACCAACCACGCAGGAGUUUGACUGCAAGGCCUGGGCUUACUUCUCCAAUGUGGACCUGGAGAAGGACCUGCACUCAGGCCUCAUCGGGCCUCUGAUCAUCUGCAACCGUGGGGUGCUGAGCUACGUUUCCAGGAGGCAGCUGGCUGUGCAGGAGUUCUCCCUGCUCUUCACCAUCUUUGACGAGACCAAAAGCUGGUACUUCCCAGAGAACGUGGCCAGAAACUGCCGCCCUCCCUGCCGGCUCCAGCAGGACAGCCCUGACUUCAGGAGAAACCAUUCCUUCCACGCCAUCAAUGGCUAUGUGAGUGACACCCUGCCUGGGCUGGUGAUGGCCCAGCAGCAACGGGUCCGAUGGCACCUCCUGAACAUGGGCAGCACUGAGGACAUCCACUCUGUUCACUUCCACGGGCAGCUGUUCAACGUCAGGACCAGCCAGGAGUAUCGCAUGGGAGUCUACAACCUUUAUCCUGGUGUCUUUGGGACAGUGGAGAUGUGGCCCUCACAUGCUGGCAUCUGGAGGGUGGAGUGCAAAGUGGGAGAGCACCAAGAAGCUGGAAUGAGUGCCCUCUUCCUGGUGUAUGACCUGAACUGCCAGAAUGCCCUGGGUAUGGCCUCAGGUAGCAUUGCAGACUCUCAGAUCACAGCCUCAGGGCAGUAUGGGCAGUGGGCUCCUUACCUGGCCAGGCUGGACAACACCGGCUCCAUCAACGCUUGGAGCACCGACCGCAGCAACGCCUGGAUCCAGGUGGAUCUUUUGCAUCCCACUAUUAUUCACGGCAUAAAAACCCAAGGGGCCAGACAAAAGUUCUCCAGCUUCUACAUCUCCCAGUUUGUUGUGUUCUACAGCCUCGAUGGGCGAAGGUGGAAGACAUACAAGGGGAAUGCCACGAGCACACAGAUGCUGUUCUUUGGAAACGUGGAUGCAAGUGGAGUGAAAGAGAACCGGUUCAGGCCCCCAGUGGUAGCUCGGUACAUCCGCAUCCACCCCACCCACUACAACCUGCGGGCCACACUGCGCAUGGAGCUCCUGGGCUGCGACCUCAACAGCUGCUCCAUGCCCUUAGGAAUGGAGAACCGAGGGAUCCCUGAUGAGCACAUCACUGCAUCCUCCCACAGCGCCAACAUCUUCUCCAGAUGGACACCAGCCCUGGCCCGCCUGAACCUUCAGGGCAGGACCAACGCCUGGAGGCCACAGAGCAACAGCCCCAGAGAGUGGCUGCAGGUGGACUUUGAAGUAACCAAGAAGGUGACUGCAAUCAUAACCCAAGGUGCCAAAGCUCUCUUCACCCAGAUGUUUGUGAAGGAGUUUGCUGUCUCCAUCAGCCAGGAUGGCAUGCACUGGAGCCCAGUCCUGCAAAAUGGCAAGGAGAAGAUUUUCAAGGCAAACCAAGACCAUCAGAGCACAGUGAGGAAUAGCCUGGAGCCCCCUCUCUUUGCCCGCUAUGUGAGGAUACACCCCCGCCAGUGGCACAACCACAUUGCCCUGCGAGUAGAGUUCCUUGGCUGCGACACUCAGCAGGAGUACUGAUGGCUGCAGGGCCAGGAAGGGGCACUGCCAGCCCAAGGACAAACAUCCCACCAGGCACUGAGCCCUCCCCAGGGCUGGAGCCAUCCCUCCAGGGGCCUGGCUGCCCCUGCUGCUGGGGAAGGGCUGCAGAAGUGGCUGGGUCAUUAUCUGCCUUUUCCUGUGUCUACCAGAUGCCAUAUACUCAGAUGUAAUGAUGAAGAAUUAAACAGUAAUUUUCCAGUA